AUGGAGUUUAAAAAUUUGAAAAUGAUAGUAUUUAGAGAAAGUUUCAAAGCCAUCUUGAGUAAUCAUCAUCAUCAUCAUCAUCAUUAUUGGAAAGCCAUCUUGAAUAAUCAUCAUCAUCACCAUCAUCAUUUUUGGAAAGCCAUCUUGAAUAAUCAUCAUCAUCACCCUCAUCAUUUUUGGAAAGCCAUCUUGAAUAAUCAUCAUCAUCACCCUCAUCAUUUUUGGAAAGCCAUCUUGAAUAAUCAUCAUCAUCACCAUCAUCAUUUUUGGAAAGCCAUCUUGAAUAAUCAUCAUCAUCACCAUCAUCUUUUUUGGAAAGCCAUCUUUAAUAAUCAUCAUCAUCAUCAUCGUCAUUUUAAGAAAGCCAUCUUGAGUAAUCAUCAUCAUCAUCAUCAUCAUUAUUGGAAAGCCAUCUUGAAUAAUCAUCAUCAUCACCAUCAUCAUUUUUGGAAAGCCAUCUUGAAUAAUCAUCAUCAUCAACAUCAUCAUUUUUGGAAAGCCAUCUUUAAUAAUCAUCAUCAUCAUCAUCGUCAUUUUAAGAAAGCCAUCUUGAGUAAUCAUCAUCAUCAUCAUCAUUAUUAUUGGAAAGCCAUCUUGAAUAAUCAUCAUCAUCACCAUCAUCAUUUUUGGAAAGCCAUCUUGAAUAAUCAUCAUCAUCAUUUUUGGAAAGCCAUCUUUAAUAAUCAUCAUCAUCAUCAUCGUCAUUUUAAGAAAGCCAUCUUGAGUAAUCAUCAUCAUCAUCAUCAUUAUUAUUGGAAAGCCAUCUUGAAUAAUAAUCAUCAUCAUCACCAUCAUCAUUUUUGGAAAGCCAUCUUGAAUAAUCAUCAUCAUCACCAUCAUCAUUUUUGGAAAGCCAUCUUUAAUAAUCAUCAUCAUCACCCUCAUCAUUUUUGGAAAGCCAUCUUGAGUAAUCACCAUCAUCAUCAUCAUCAUCAUUUUAGGAAAGCCAGUAAGUAA